UUUCAUCAUCAAAAAAAUCUCUUCUCAGAAACCCUAAACUAUACAAAGACAUAAUGAUGAAAAACGUGAAACUCUUACUCUUCUUCAUCUCCAUCUCCCUCCUCCUGAUCGCCGUUGCUCAAGCUCAGGAUAGCCAUGAGGGCCAUUCACAUUCCGGGAAGCCUCAAUGCGAGUGCUCACACGACGACGACCACGAAAACAAAGCCGGAGCUCGCAAAUACAAAAUAGCAGCCAUCCCAGCCGUUCUACUCGCCGGAGUGAUCGGUGUUCUCUUCCCUCUCUUAGGCAAAGUCUUCCCUUCUCUGCGUCCCGAGACAUCUUUCUUCUUCGUCACGAAAGCUUUCGCUGCCGGAGUUAUCCUGUCUACCGGAUUCAUGCACGUCUUGCCUGAGGCUUACGUGAUGCUUAACUCGCCGUGCCUCACGUCGGAAGCGUGGGAGUUUCCGUUCACUGGAUUCAUCGCCAUGGUAGCAGCGAUCUUGACGCUGUCCGUUGAUACGUUUGCUACUUCGAGUUUCUAUAAAUCGCAUUGCAAAGCGUCGAAAACGAUCAUUGAUGGAGAGUCCGGUGAGCCAUCCGUGGACUCUGCCAAGGUCCAGAUUCUCAGGACAAGAAUUAUUGCACAGGUACUGGAGCUGGGAAUAAUAGUACAUUCAGUGGUAAUAGGAAUAUCACUUGGAGCUUCACAGAGUCCAGAAGCCGCAAAAGCUCUCUUCAUUGCCUUAAUGUUUCAUCAAUGCUUCGAAGGUCUUGGCCUUGGUGGUUGUAUUGCUCAGGGAAAAUUCAAGUGUUUGUCAGUAACAAUAAUGUCGACGUUCUUCGCGGUAACAACACCAAUAGGUAUCGUUGUCGGAAUGGGGAUAUCAGAUACGUACGAUGAGUCUUCUCCAACGGCUCUGAUCGUUCAAGGAGUAUUGAACGCUGCAUCCGCAGGUAUUCUCAUCUACAUGUCUCUGGUCGACCUUCUCGCAGCAGACUUCAUGCACCCUAAGAUGCAAUCCAAUACUGGGCUUCAAAUCAUGGCCCACAUUGCUCUUCUUCUUGGUGCUGGUCUCAUGUCUUUAUUGGCUAAAUGGGCUUGAUGAUUCCUUUCUUCUAACACAUUCGUUGUUUUUGUUCAUGGCAUAUCAAUGGUUAUCGUGAACUAGCAUCUUUUCUAUGUUGUUAACCAUUUGUUCUUAUUCUCCUUUUCAAUUAUAAUUUUGAGCAUCUCUA